UUAGAAAUACUAUUAGGUGAAAUAGAUUUUAAUCUUAAGAAGUGCUUGAUGGAAUCAAUCACUUCAUAAAUCUGUUAAUUGUACGAGUGAUGGCUGGAUCAUCAAACGAUCAUCAAAACUCAAUGAAGCCUGUAUCGGUGUCACUGCAUGUUGCCUUACUUCCUGUACUAGAUGAACUUUCUAAAGAAUGUGACAAAAAGACAAUAUUGAUGCUAAAAGAUGCUUUCACAAAGACUGAAAAGCAAGUGCCGGGAUUUACACAGGAAUUCUUGAAUGGAUUAUUACAAAAAGAAGUUCCGGGAGAAAUUAAUUUCACAGAAAGUUUACUGCGAAUGUCGGGACGUGAUAGCCCAGAGUUUGCAUUACAACACAAGGAACCAGAAUUCAUCAAGUUAUCUGAUCGAGCCAGGUUAUUAAAACAAAUAUUAUCGAGGAUACCUGAUGAAAUGCAUGACAGACCCAGAUUUCUUCAAACGAUAAAAGAUAUAGCAAGUGCAAUAAAAGAUUUAUUGGACGCUGUAAAUGAUGUUUUCAAAAGAUAUAGCAGCAGGACAAAUAGGAGGGCACUGGAUAACCAAAAAAAAGAAUUUGUUAAAUGUUCAAAAAAUUUUAGUGAUACUUUGAAAAUCUAUUUCAGAGACGGACAAGAGGUUCGUGUAUAUGCAAGUGCCAACAGACUCAUUCAACAAGCCAACGCGAUCCUCAUGGUUUUCAAGAGUACUUCACCAGACUAAAGAACCAUAACUGCUAACCGCAAGUGACUAUGAUUUUAUGGGGUCAUGACAAUUUAUAAUGCAGGCCACCUAGAAAAGGCGUCAGUGAUAUUAUUCCUUGACUCUAUGUCACUUUUUUCAUAAAGAUGAAACUAUUUUAACAAAGAAUAUUUUCAUAAUAAAGUGAAUUGCAGUAUUCUCUAUAAUUUUCCUUGUCCUGCCUGCUUCGUACUAAAUAAGAAAGACUUUAAUAAUAAAAACAGCGAGGCGAAACAAUCCAAUGCUGUCAAAUUUCCAUACCCGAUACCCAACGAGAGGCUGUGUAACGCCAUAUGAUAAAUCCCUCUCAUUGACUUUCCUCUCCCCAGAUAAACAUGAAAAUCUUUUUGCUUUUUAGUGUUCCUAAAAUUUGAUCUCGAUGCCAUUUUACUGUUUAUUCGCAAAAUAGAUGGCAAAGGCUUUUCUUAAAUGACAGUUUUGUUAUAUUAACAAUGCUUUUGUGAUAUAGUGUUCAUUUCUUUAUGAAAAAUCACAAUGCGCUAAUGCUGACUUUUCCAAUUCUACUAUUCUCAGUCUCAAUAUAUCUUUUGUAAUUCUGCUCUGCUUUUUCAUAGUUUUGAUAUACGUGAGUACUCGUAUAGCGUACUCUUAACUCAGAUUUGAACCAAACAGGUCCAGCGUAGGUGAUAUUCUUAAGAUUGGUGCUUUGUGUAGCAGGUGCCCAGCGCAGUAUAGUUUCGAUUCAAUAGCUCUGAUUUGGUGAUUUAUUAUGAGCAAGCCAUGAUCUUAAUUUGUAGGAUGUAUGUUAAAUCUUUGAUCCAUGAUGGUGUAUGAAGCAUGUGAAUUCUUUUAGGGUAUGUUUGUUGACAUUUGCAACCUUAUUUUAUAUUAUAAAAUCAUUUAAAUUGCAUCUAUGACUGAAACUAUCAAAAUUUAUUUGUGGCAAACCUGGAACUUACUUACAAUCUUGAAUGUUAAAUCAAAAACAGCGAUUUUAUUAUCUGAGAUACAUCAUACAUGCUAGAAAAUUUCAUCAAAAUAUUGAUUAUAUAUGAGUCUCCAGCAGACAAAUUUUUAGAGGAGUAAAAAAAGACAAAUUUUGAAGCACUGGAAACUUUUGGGUUUAUUGAACACUCAAAUAUCACUUUUGUCUUAUUUCUCCCCCAACUUAAUAUUUUCUUUUGAUUUAUUGUUAUAUAAGUGGUAUCAUUGAUAGUAAUUUUUCUUUGAAGUUUUUCAUUUACAUGAUAUUGGUUAAUUUUGGUGUGUUUUUUUUAUUAUUUAGUAAUUGGAGUGUGCGAAGUACAAUGAUUUAUUUAGGAAAUUUUUCAUUUUGUUUUUAUCUAUCAACUCUUAAUUCAAAAACUUAGAUAUUUUAUUUUGAAAGUUGAAUUUUCGAUCGAUUUACUGUUUAACAAAAUUUUGCCCUAAAAUUUUUAAUUAUAUUGUCAAAAAACGCAAUAGUCCGGUACAGUGGUUCCCAACCGGGGCAACAUGGGUUCGUAGAAAGGUUUUUGGGGUCAGCAGCUUUGCAUAAGGGGUAGAUAGCACAGUAAGGGUGCUCUACUUUGCAAAUAGUUACUCUCUAAUACAGCUUUUUCAGGACGACCCCAAUGACAACUUUCAAUUGUCCAGUGCGACCCCAGGUCAAUAUAUAUAUUUUUUAUGAAACUUUAGAGCUUCUUUCACUGGAUUUUUGAGUUUGGUCAUGUGCUGGUAUUAAGUAAAUAAGCUAAAAUCAAAUAGUGAUGUCACAAUAAGCACCAACAUUUUCUAUAGCAUAAGCAUAGAGCGAUGCUUAUGGGCCCGUUUUACAGUAAGCCCUGGUACAAACUGCUAAAUUUAACAUGGUUUGUCAAAUCUUAGAUGAUUUGUACACCCAUCCUCUACCAUACCUCAGCGACCCCACCGACCCCAUGACCUGUUUGCGACCCUACCUACUUAUCACUCCGACCCAAUUUGGGGUCGCGACCUGGUUAAUACCCUGGUUUGGGAACCCCUGCUCUAAUAGUUACUUUCUCCAAAAGAUUAUCUAAGUUCAACAAGAAACUCUGUUUGUAAUUUGACGAAUAAACAGUUUUGAGUGGUUUUAUUUAAAUGAUCAACAACCUAAUAGCAAAUUAUCAAAAGGUUGGGAACCACUGAUCUGGUACCUGUUUAUUGGGAUAAUAUGUUAAAACGUUUGAGGAGAAUAUCAUAUUAAUAUUGAAAACAGAUCUGUCCACUUUUUCACUUAUCAUUUCAGGCACAGUAUAACUGUCAUUCAUGAUAUACUGGUCGAUGAUAAAUCAAGUGUUGGUGUUCAAAGUCUUUGGCCCAACAUGAAAAAUCAUGAAUGUUAUAUUACAGUAACUUUAUCUCUUCUCUGGAAAACUGCUUAAGAUUUAAAGAAGCAAUAGAUUUCCACCAGUGGUUCUAUUUCUAAAUAUCCAAUGAAAUUUAUGCUCAUAUGACAUUUUGGCAAGGAUAUCAAAAUUGGUUAUAAUUUUGUAAAAGAUGCUUGACUAUCAAGCUGUUAAGGACGAUUGUUUUAAGCCUGUUUAUCAAAUAUUGAAAAGUACCAUAAUAUACCAUAGUUAUCAUUCAUUGAAUGAAGAAGUUUUAAUCUUAAUGGUUUUAUCUUUGUUAUAAUCUUGUUUUUUCUUUUGUAUUGUAUGAUCAUUCAAUUUGCCAAUCCAAUAAUUAUUCAAUGUUUAUUUUAUAAAUAUUACUGUAACAAAAAAUAUUUUCAUUGUGCCCUUGAAGACACUGCGCAUUCCAAGCCCAUUCUAUCGUCGGGAACAAGACCAUCCUAAUAGUAAUUUAAAAAGGCUUCAGCAUGAAAUUAAGUCAACAUGUAUAUCCACGACAAAAUCCAAUGCUGAUGAUUCAUUUGAAGCAUAGCCAUGCCCAUGGGGCACUGUCGUACCUUCGUACCUGUACUACUGAGAUAUCAUUCUCCAGAAUGAUGUGAUACAUCUUAUACAAGCUGAUAAAAAGGGGAAUGAAUUCUUGUAUUCAGGAAUGCUGAUUAUCUAAAAUAUAUGCCUUUGUGUGGAGUGGAACCAUUUGAUCAGGAAUUCUCAUGUAAUUUAUUAAACUCUUUGGGAUACCAUUUCCUUUCAGUUGUAUCCAUUCCGGUGGUAUUCAUUUAUUAAUCCGCACAUUGUCACCAGUUCCCGAUAUAGCCUGGGGAUUAGUGGUACUCAGCAAAGAACAAUAUGCUCAAUGGACUGCUAUCCUUCUGCUGCAAAUACGUUUCAGCCCCGAACUCCGUUUCUAAUUAUAGAAGUUGAAAUAAAUAAAUUGUGUUUGAAUGAUCAUUUUA